AUGAAUCAAGAGAAGAUUGACGACAAAUCCCUCGGUGCUCAAGAGGCUGAGUAUCGCUCGUAUAGCGUGGACGAAGGUGGACGCCGCCUCUCUAUAACUGGACGGCGGGUCUCUAUCGUUGAUGAUGUCUUUGGCGAGAUUGUUGAAGGUGGUCCGAAUUACCGCAAUGUCGGUUGGUUGGGAACAGCCAUUCUUAUGAUGAAGACCCAGAUUGGUCUCGGGGUCCUAUCGAUUCCAGCAGUUUUCGACGUCCUCGGCAUGAUCCCUGGCAUCAUAUGCCUGAUAACGAUUGCUGUCAUCACGACAUGGUCGGACUAUAUCGUCGGUGUAUUCAAGCUUCGACACCGCUCUGUCUAUAGCAUUGACGAUGUCGGCUACCUGUUGUUUGGUCGUAUCGGGCGCGAGAUUUUUGGUCUGGCAUUUGUGCUUUACUGGAUCUUCGUCGCUGGUGCUGGCAUGCUCGGCAUCUCAAUUGGCCUGAACGCAGUGUCCACACAUGGAGCAUGUACUGCCGUUUUUGUCGCUGUUGCUGCGAUAAUCGGAUUCUGCCUCUCCAGUAUUCAGACACUGAGCAAGAUAUCGUGGCUUGCUUGGGUGGGAGUGAUAUGCAUCUUGACUGCAAUUUUCACCGUCACCAUCGCUGUUGGAGUACAGGAUCGCCCUGCCGAUGCACCUACAGAGGGUGUCUUUGUGUCGGAUUACAAGAUCACGAACAACCCGUCCUUCACCGACGCAAUCUCGGCUUGUUCGUCCCUGGUAUUCGCUUACGCCGGCACACCAGCUUUCUUUUCGAUCGUUUCUGAAAUGCGAGAUCCUCGACAAUAUACACGGUCGCUCAUUAUCUGCCAGAGUGUUGUCACGGCGACAUACAUCACCAUCGGCGUGGUGGUCUAUUAUUAUGCCGGCUCGUACGUGGCGUCUCCGGCACUCGGAUCAGCUGGUGCCCUCCUUAAAAAGGUUGCCUAUGGCUUUGCUCUUCCGGGGCUGAUUGUUACAACGACUCUGGUCAUUCACUUACCCGCCAAGUACAUUUUUGUGCGACUUUUGCGUGGCACCCAUCACCUUACUGAGGGCACUGCCAGACAUUGGAUUACGUGGCUAGGCUGCACGGGUGGGAAUGCCAUCAUCGCCUAUAUUAUCGCAAGUGCCAUUCCAGUCUUCGGUGGCCUUGUGUCCCUCAUUGGUGCUUUGCUCGGAACUCUCAUGUCGUUCCAGCCGAUGGGUUGUAUGUGGUUGUACGACAACUGGGGCAAAUUCAAGGCCGAGCGAACUACCAAACUGACUCUGAUGGUCUGUUGGAGUGUCUUUGUGAUUGUAUCAGGAACCUUCUUAAUGAUUGGGGGCACUUAUGGGUCAGUCGUUGGCAUCAUUGACUCAUACAAGGCCUCUGGUGGCUCUGGUGCAUGGUCGUGUGCUGACAACUCGAACUCGGUAUGA